CUGUAAGUGGCUGUCAGUGGCCAUGAGUGGAAGGAGCUCGGAUUGAUAAAGGGUGACAGGAAAAGACAUCAGAAGAUGGGGGCACCUGGCGGGCCAGUUCUGGCCGGGUUCGGCUCUACGACAUCCUCCCUAGACCUCGUUGGCUGGAUGGUCUGGCCUGGGAAUACCACCGUGAGCCUGAAUCAGAGCCUCUUCACGACUGACUACAGCUUUAAUCUAUCCUCCUCUUCUUCAUUCUCUCCUCAAGGGGUUGAAAAGGAGUCGAUGAAGGAGAAGAACUGGCCGGCCCUGCUGAUUCUUGUGAUUAUCUUUCUGACGAUAGGAGGAAAUAUUUUGGUUAUUUUGGCCGUGUCGCUGGAAAAGAAGCUGCAAAACGCGACAAACUUCUUUCUGCGAUCACUUGCAGUGGCUGACAUGCUGGUCGGCAUCUUGGUCAUGCCUAUCUCGCUCAUUAACAUCCUGUAUGAUUAUGCCUGGCCAUUGCCUAGCGCCGCUCUUUGUCCUAUUUGGAUAUAUCUGGACGGCUUUUCUCCACUGCUCCUUCCAUCAUGCACCUGUGUGCCAUUUCCAUCGACCGCUACGUGGCCCAUACGCAAUGCCAAUCGAGCACAGUCGGUUUCAACUCCCGCCACCAAGGCCAUGCUGAAGAUUGCUGCAGACCCCCUCAGAAUGGCAGAUUGUGUUGUGAGGUUUUCUCAAGGCUCCAGCUGGGUCUAA